AUGUAUUUGAACCCCAUAGAGUUCCACAAGGCCUUCAGGAGUAUAAGCAAGUCGUCUCUAUCUCAUACAACCUGUCGACUGGUAAUAUUUGCCUCUUCGUUGGAUGUUGACGCUAUUUGUUCAUCAAAAAUGCUCACUACAAUGUUUAGGAAACACCUAAUUAGUUUUCAGCUGGUACCAGUAAUCGGGUACACGGAUCUGAAAAAGAAGUUUGAGCAGCUUGAUUUUGAUGUAGUAAACGUUAUCAUCCUGGGAUGUGGCGCAAUGGUUGAUAUGGUGACGUUUUUGGACCUCAAUAGUCCACAGGCAUCUAAUAAGAAAGUGUACAUAAUAGAUGGUCACAGGCCUUGGAACUUAGAUAAUUUGUUCUCCAGUGAUAACGUAAUAUGUUUUGAUGAUGGACAACUAGAGAGAGAGCUAGUUGAAGAACGUGAAGCCUAUAACCAACUACUGGAAUUGGAGAAUGAAAUGCCUCAUAAUGAAAACGAAGCUGAGAUGGAGACCGAUAAUGAUGAACAAAAUGAUCAAAGAGGAGAUACCGACGAAGAUGAGGACGCAGAAGAUGAUGGGGAAUUGGGAUCAAGGAAAAGACAUCGUUCACUAUCGCCCCCUCCUUCUCAAAAACGAAAACGCCUACUCCGUAAGAGUGAAGAAACCAUCGACAAUUAUUACAACCAAGGCUCUACUAUUGCGACUUCGGUCGCUUUACAAGCAUACACAUUGAUUUCUUCCGUUGGUGAAACCAAAAUCGAUGAUUUGUGGCUGGCCAUACUUGGCACUACAUCUUUGAUGCCCUUAUAUUCUAACGUGUACCAGAAGAUCGUUCCAUCGCUGAAAGACGAAGUGGUGAGACUGGAAAGCUCAAUCAACAGCUCCAUCAAUGAACAUAGUGACGCUGUAGUGGAAAAUGGUGGCCACGUACUUAGCAAUAAAAGUCUGGAUACUAACACUUUGAUUAUAGAAAAGGAUUACAAGCUGUUUUUAUUACGGCAUUGGAAUCUUUACAACUCAUUCUUUUACUCCAAUUUUGUCAACUCAAAACUCAAACUGUAUACUAAUGACGGGAAGAAAAGAAUCAAUAAAAUGUUUGCUAAAAUGGGUAUUUCCCUGCAUGCCGCAUCUCAGAAUUGGCAUUAUUUAGAUAUCAAGAUGAAGAAGCGAUUACCUGCUAUUUUGACCAGAUAUUUACAUGAUUUUCAAUUGGAUGGACUUAUUGAAGAGGGUUUCAUAAGAAACUUUGGGUUUAAAGGUGCUGUUAGUGCUGUGGAGUACGUCGAUUCUAUUACUGCUCUCCUGGAUUUUAAUGGAGAUCUAAAAGGAAGGGUGAAGAAACCAUCUAGAACAAGAACUGAAAAGAGUAACGAUGAAACAAAGAAUACAUACAAGGAUGAAACUGCUCCAAAGACACAAGAAGCUGAACUUUCGGAAAUAAUAUCCCAACGGGAAGCUCAAUUUAUAUCAAAUUUCUGGCACUGCUACGAUGCUCUUACAGACUUUACAUUUGUUAAAAAAGGUUUAGAGAUUGCAAAAUGGCAACAGCGGUUUGUUUUUGAUAAAGGAUUUGAAAUUUUGGAGAAGAGGAUGGUUACUAAUUUGAAAGUGUUCAGGUUAGUGGUUUUGAAGGAAGCCUCUGUCUCUUGGAGUAGCAGUAUCCAUUCUAAUGAGAUGAAGCGUUUCCAGACUUCAUUGGAUGAUAAUGAGCUAACGAUGGAUCUUCUUACUAAUUACAAUAGGUUAUUUCGAAAUCCAUUGAUCGUGAUGAAACUAGGGAAUUGGUUGUUGGACUGCUAUUCGGAGAUGGAUUCCACAAUACUUCCUUUAGUUAUAGCGUGUUUUGAUCCAGAUUCUCAGACGUACUUGGUUUGUGGAUUGCCCCCGAAAUUUCCUCCUGAAGACGACGGAUCGACUUUGAAGAAUAUCGCAUUAUUGAAUACUUUUUCAUUGGCUUUUCAAGAAGUUGCUGAGCAAAUAGGUGCAAAGGCCAAAGUCGAUAGUUUUGAGAGUUCACUAAUUGAGCUUCGGAAGGAGGAUUUGCCUCCAUUCCUGGAGCGGUUGAGUUUGAGUGGAUUAGUUUAA